AUGCUCCUGCAAGAUCCGCCGAAGCUAGCUACGACGCGGCGCCCGAGCUGGCGUAUAGCAUUCGCUGUACUAGCAUUUGUGCGCAUACUCAGCGCAUUAUGGAUGAUUGUGGGUGAUUGUGAUGAAGUGUAUAAUUACUGGGAGCCAUUGCAUUUACUAGCCAUGCACAAGAGUACGGAUGAAGAUACCGCUUUUGAGACAUGGGAGUAUGCACCGCAAUAUGCUAUCCGUUCGUGGGCCUACAUUGCACUUCAUGCGGUUAUCCCGCGCGUGGUUUCCUAUUUGCCAGGGCCGACUUACCUUGGAUUCUAUGCUUUGCGUGUAACGCUAGCUCUUAUUUCAGCUGCAUGUGAUACCGUACUGUAUGAACAGGUAGCACGAUACGUCCACGUCCGUGUCGCGCGAUACAUGCUUGUUUUCUUGGCAGGGUGUGCUGGCAUGUUGGGCGCUUCUAUCGCGUUCCUACCUUCCAGUUUUGUGAUGUACACAACCAGUGUAGCGGCAGGUAUGGCAAUGCGCCCUGCUUCGAUGCUGUCGUCGCAACGUACUAUUGUAGCGACGUUGGCCUUCGCGCUGGGCGCGUUGGCGGGCUGGCCAUUUGCUCUGCUUCUUUCGCUGCCAUUUGUAUGGGAAGAGCUUCUGUGCCGUGGUGAAGAUGCAACGUUGGCUCUCUUCCGCCGAUGUUCCAGGUGGGUCGGUGCUGUGCUUCUUGCUAUUCUCACGCUCGCUAUGCCCAUUUUGCUUGUCGACUCCCUCGCCUAUGGCCGCCUGGCUUUGGCCUCGGUCAACACGAUUGUGUACAAUGUCUUAAGUCGUUCUCGUGGUGUUGGCCCUGAGCUGUACGGCGUAGAACCUCCGUCGUACUAUGCCAUGUCGAUGCUCUUGCAUAUGAAUGUGGUGUUCCCUUUGGGACUGAUCGCCUUGCCACUGGUGGGACUGGCGGCAUGGCGUAUGCCCUCGCGUGUGGCUCAGCCUGCGUCGUGCCAUGGUACGUCCCACGCGUAUUUGCUCGCUCUGCGUGUACUACCUGUAUACCUAUGGCUGGGCGUUCUUGGUAUGCAAGCACACAAGGAGGAGCGGUUCAUGUACCCCAUGUACCCCUUGCUUUGUUUUAAUGCGGCGCUCAGUUUGUAUCUUCUUCGUGCCAUGCUGGAACAGAUGUACAUGCACAUCACCCAUUCACCUUAUCGUGCUUCGCGCACCAUCCUGUUUUCUUCUUGUACGCUUGUGCCCCUUCUCGCUGCAUGCAUCCUCGGGGCUAUGCGCAGUAUGGCUCUUGUACAGCAUUAUCAUGCACCGCUAUCUCUGGGUCAUAUCCUUUCUUCGCUACCGGAGUCUCACACGGUGUGUUAUGGCAAGGAAUGGCACCGGUUCCCCUCCCACUUUUUCGUACCGCCUUCCAUGCGGGUCGAGUUUAUUCCCAGUGCUUUUGAUGGGAUCCUUCCGCAUCACUUCACACGUGGCUCGGACCGAUGGCCGGCGCGUGCCCCGUGGGAGCAGACAUUGACACAACACCUGGCCCCCCUCACUUGGAUGUGGCCCUGGGCUUCGUACACGCGCCAAGUGCCACAUCAUGUAAACGAUCGCAAUGAGAUGGAGCUCGAUCGAUAUGUCCCUCUGUCUACAUGCACAUUACUUGUGGAUGUCGAUAGGCCAUGGCGCGAGGUGGACAAGCGCGAGCCUCGCUACCGUGAUCAAACUGACGAAUGGGCGCCCCUCGCAUGCCGCUCCUUUUUGGAUGCGGAAGCCAGUCGCACCGCUGCCUCUCACCUACCGCGCUGGCAACGUUGGCAGGCCAUGCUUGCUCCGUAG